UCAAGCAAAGAAAGUAUAUUUGUUUAUUUAUUCAUUCGUUUAAAUUAAUUUAACCAGUAGAAAAUAUAUAAGUAAAUUGCGUCAAAAUGGUCGUGAAAGUAAUGUGGAUUCAGUCGUGGAUUACUGUAUCGAUAUCGCUGUGCGUGCUUAUGGUAUUAGUGUUGUUCGUAUUAUUCUGCUUAUGUUGGAAGAAAAAAGAAUCAAAAUCGCUCCAUGAACUUUGCAAUCUAGAUAAGAGCGACCUGAGCAUGACCGAAGGAAUUAACAUUACGUAUGAAUCUAGCUCUACGAGCUUUUUCAGAAGGUUCUCGAACGCGGCCCUAAUCAAUCCCACAUUUAAAUUCAACGGUCCGGAUAGCGAGAAAAUACUAACGGCUUACGAACAAUCCAAAUCCUUGCCGAUCGAAAGGGAUCUGAUGGACUCAUUGGACAUUCAAAAACAGUUCAAUCAGUCCGUUUUACAAAUAGAUAACAAUUACGUGCACAUCGAUCAGGACGAUGCGAAAUCUUGCCGCAGCUUAGACUCAAGGCACAGUUUCUAUUCCAUUUAUCCAUUCACGAGAUCGCAUUCAGUAGCGGACACGAUGAAAAGCGCCUACAGUGGUCCAGACAGUCUUGAAGAUUGUUAAGAUGGAUGGAUUCAAUUUAAUUUAUAAAUUUUAAUUUAGCAACUAUUUAUAUUUGUAUAGUUUAUACGCCAUUUAUUUGAGUAUAUACAUCUAAUAAAAAAAAAACAAACGAUUACAUAAUA